UCGAGAUCUGAGCAGUAGCAAUAAGUCGUAACUUGAAAUAAGUCGUAAGUGUUGGAACGUCUCACCUCUCUCUACAGAAUCAAAGCCAACGUGCAGAAGGAAGUAGAAAUCCUCAAGCGUCUACGUGAAAAGGAUUUCAACAAUGACCACAACAUCAUCCGCUUGAGGGAAACGUUUUCCUUUCGCGGUCAUCACUGCAUAUGCCUCGAGCUUGCAGGACUCGAUCUACGGAAGGUUAUGAAGACGGCGGAAACUGUACCUACAAUGCAGUCCGUGCGUUUGUACGCUCGGGCUCUGCUCAAGUGCUUGAGCCUGCUGCGGAAAGAAGGAAUCAGCCACGGCGACUUGAAGCCAGAAAACAUCGUGCUUAUACAAAAUACGAUUAAGACGAUCAACUUUGGCCAGAGCUGCUAUGGAGAAAGAGCGCUCUCUGACAUUCAGAGGAUCUGGUACAGCGCGCCAGAAGCCAUCCUGGGCCUGAAGAGCAGCGGCCCGAUGGACAUGUGGUCGCUUGGCUGCAUCGUCGCCGAGAUGUACUCUGGGGAGAUUCUUUUCCCAGGCCACCACAAUGCCCACCAGCUCGCCCUCAUCAUGGAGGUCUUGGGUGUCCCUCCACCAUCGAUGAUUCGGGCUUCCCCGCUCAAAACAUCCUACUUCGGUGAGACUGGUUGGCUACAUGCCACAAGUUGCAUUGCUUUGAACAUCCGCACACUGAUAGUGCAGACAGCUCUCGCUUGUCUCUAG